AGAUAUUUUUUUACGAAAAUCCACGGCCACUAACCGUAAAGGACACUCUUUUGAUUUUUCUCUUCUUCUACUUAACUCGCUUUGCCUGACUCACUGAGUCAUGGCGCUUCUGAGGCCGCAUCUUCAUCGCUUUCACUCCAACACUCUCCGCCACUCAGCCUAUCCUUCCGCCGACGCUGGCGGUGGCCUUGUCGUCUAUCCCACGUAUGGUCGUCACCGUUGCUCCGCGAUUGCGAUCGACGCUCCGUCGUCUCUGACUGGCGUGACGCCGAUUCGUUGGGGUUACACGAGUGUUCAAGGAUUCCGAGAUGAGAUGGAAGACGACAUCGUAAUCCGUUCUGAUGCUGUCGAUAGCUUCUCCUACGCAGCGGUCUUCGACGGCCACGCUGGGUCGUCCUCUGUCAAAUUCCUCAGGGAAGAGCUGUAUAAAGAGUGUGUUGGUGCAUUGCAAGCUGGAUCGUUGUUGAAUGGAGGCGAUUUCGCAGCAAUCAAGGAAGCUUUGAUUAAGGCCUUUGAAAGCGUUGACCGCAAUUUGCUCAAAUGGCUAGAAGCUAACGGUGACGAAGAAGAUGAAUCAGGUUCAACAGCCACUGUAAUGAUCAUCAGAAAUGAUGUUUCCUUCAUUGCUCAUAUUGGUGAUUCGUGUGCAGUCUUAUCUCGAUCUGGGCAAAUCGAGGAAUUGACUGAUUAUCACCGUCCAUAUGGAAGCAGUAGAGCAGCUAUUCAGGAAGUGAAAAGGGUCAAAGAAGCAGGUGGAUGGAUUGUCAAUGGAAGGAUUUGUGGAGACAUAGCUGUAUCUCGUGCUUUUGGUGACAUCCGGUUUAAGACAAAGAAGAAUGAUAUGUUAAAGAAGGGUGUUGAUGAAGGAAGAUGGUCCGAGAAGUUUGUUUCCAGAAUCGAGUUUAAAGGGGACAUGGUUGUGGCGACUCCAGAUAUCUUCCAAGUACCUCUGACAUCUGAUGUGGAAUUCAUUAUUUUAGCUUCUGAUGGAUUAUGGGACUACAUGAAGAGCUCAGAUGUGGUUAGUUAUGUUAGGGAUCAGCUCCGGAAACAUGGGAAUGUGCAGCUUGCUUGUGAAUCUCUUGCGCAAGUAGCUUUGGUAAAAUAGCUAAUACCCUCCUCAGCCUUUCUUUUGAUUAGGAAUCAAAACUUUCAAAUGUACGAUUUUGUUCCAACGUUACAGGACCGGCGAUCUCAGGACAACAUUAGCAUCAUUAUUGCUGAUCUAGGAAGAACAGAGUGGAAGAAUCUCCCCGCGCAGCGACAAAACGUAGUGGUUGAACUGGUUCAGGCUGCAACGACUAUCGGUUUAGUUACUGUUGGCAUAUGGAUGUCUUCACAUCUAUCUUAAGUGAAUUGAACAUUCUAUCUCUUUCGUUAGUGUAUAUAAAACCUGUAACUAUGUCUAACACUCUAGUCUUCCCAUAGAAAUGGAGAUAUGAAGAUACCUCACAAACAGAACCAGCUUUAUAUUAUUAUAUAUCCCACUUUCACAAGCGUUGAAACUACAUUUACAAAUAAAUGCAUCUUCCAACGACUAAGAGAAAUUUUUUGAAAAGAAACGC